AUGGCCAACAAUAAACCAAGAAACAAUGACCACAUCAACCUGAAGGUAACUGGCCAGGAUGGCUCCGUUGUCAAGUUCAAGAUUAAAAACAUGCAAAAACAGCCCAUUAAUGAUACAGACACACCAUCACAGUUGGAAAUGGAGGAUGAAGAUACGAUUGAGGUUUUCCAGCAGAUCGAAGGAAACCACUAG